AUGCACGGACAGACUAACCCUACCCAUAUACUCUGCCGACUCACCGAUCGCACUCUCUUAGCAUCUCACUACAAUCAUCGUCUCUCCCUGCCUCUCAGACUCGGCGUCUCCGCAUCCCCACCAUCGGCGUCUGCGCUUCACCACAAUCGGCCUUCUCCGACUCACUGCCUCGGCACUCUCAUCGUCACUAUCGAUCUAGCAGCCUCCCCGGUUCCGGUUCCGGAUCUCCGCCCUAAGCGCCUUCCCCUCUCUGGCAUCAUCGUUUUCGAGUUCGAAGACCUUCUAUCCUCAUACCUGCUAUUAUCGCUGAUAAUGACGCUCCAUUCUUCAGUUGCAGUCUGGAUGAAGCUUCUACUUGUCCUUCUAAGAGUUUAUAUUGCUCUCCAAUAUGACAAACAGAUUACUCCGCCAGCAGGAACAAAAUAGGUAGUACUGGGUGUGAUACUGCUUCUUAUUUUUAGUAUAGUGUUGAAGUGAUGUAUAGGUUGGUGUAAAUAUUGAUUUUGAAUUUUAAAUUCAUCUCGAUUAAAUUAAUGUUAGUUUUGGAAAAUGUAAAAUUCAUUUGUAAUUGAAUACAUAUAGUUAUUGAAAGUUAUUGAAACUUGCAAUUAUGCUU